GCCUUAAAAUUACUCCGCCAGGGUUUCACCCCGGCCGGGGAUGCUGUGUUACAAAGGCCCUUGGGUCUCUUACUUGGCCAUGGCGAGUAACAGGAGCAGCCUGACGGAGAAGCCCCAGUCUGGCUGGGACGACUCUGCCGGCGGCUCCCGCGUCUCGGUCGCCUGUUCCUGGGUGUGUCCGAGCGAUCUGGCGAGUGUUCUCUGCGUCGUCCCGACGGGUGAAUUCGAUACGGAGGAGCUUUCGGAACCCGCCCCGAACGGUCAGAAUGUUGUUCUUGAAGAACAAAUAAAUGAUGACGGUGUAGUUCCCUGUUUACUGUCCUUGCACUGUGAUCCAUGUGGAUCUGAAGAAAUUGUCAGUCUAAGUAUUAUAAGUGAAGCAAGGAACAUGGAAGUCUACUUAGGAGAUGAAUACUAUGGAACUGGAAGGGGAGAGCGAGUGUGUACUGUCAAACAUGGCAGCAAAGGUGACCAGGUUUCAUUAUACAAAAAAUAUCUUAAAAUGGAAUGUCCCACGGUUUCUUGUAAGAUUAAGCUAUUAUCCAUCAGUGGAAAACAAAGAGUACUCAUCAAUAAAAUCAUAGUACAAGUCCAGUCAGCCUGUGCAAAAACUGUGCCAAAUGUUACAUUAGGAUCAGGAAUAGACCUAGAUAAAGUACAAACUAUAAUGGAAUCAAUGGGAUCCAAAUUAUCACCUGGGGCACAACAACUCCUAGAUAUGGUUCGUUUUCAACAGAAGAAUGGGAUUUCUUUUGGAGGCAAGUUACAAACCAUCUUAGGAGGAAAUGGAUUUGUGUAUGGAAAAAAUCAUCCCAUUGAUGGAUUGAAAAAGACCUCUGACUUUGAACAGUUAGACCACUUGUCCAAUGGACCUUCUCUUUUAAAAGCUAAUUUGGUAGCUAAAACAGUUGCAGAGGAUUUGAAUGCACACUCCAAGAUAACCAGACAGAUUACAGGUAAUUUAUUUGAGCUCCCUGGACUUCAGCCUUGUACUGUACAUUCUGAAAGUGACUGUAAAGGAUUGCUAGCAUCGUUUUUUCAAGAACAAAGAAAUGAAAAUUCAAAUAUACCUAAUUCCUCAUUGCUGCUUCCACUUCUUCAAACAGCCUGUGGUCAAGUAGAUCGUCUGCCCACAGAUGAAAAGGAUAAAUGUUGUGAAAACAAGUUUGCUUCUCAGAAAGAUGGAAUUCAAACUGUUGGUUUAGAACAGAAGCAUAUUUGUCUGUAUUUGGAAAAGUUCAUGUCCAAAAAGAUCGACGUGACAGAGAAGAGAUUAAUGGAUUAUAUUGACCUACGUAUGCAAAAACUUCAAGAACAUGUUGAUAAUAAACUUGCUUUAAUCAUGGAUUUGGUUAAUAAUUUCAAUAUUGUUUCUCAAGAAUGUGAUCCUUUGAAAGAAGGAAACACAGAUGGGAAGAGGUAGGAAAUCCUUAUAAAAAUCAAAGACCUUAAUAUGUUUUAUAAGAAUGGGUCUGUAUUUUACAAACUUUCUGCUUAUAAGCUUGUAAACAUUUACAUCUCAAACUUUGUACUUUUUAUGUAAUUUUGCAAGUAUUAUGUGCUAAUAUUAAUUGUUAUAUAUCUGUAAUGUGCGUAAUAAGUAUUUUUUACAUUUCAGAAUAUUUUCUACAUCUACUUAUGACCUAUUUAUUUGUAACUAUUUAAAAAUUAGUUUGGG